AUGAGUUCACCAACAUCACCAAAGGAAUCACUGGUGGUGUCCUCUGAUAGUCGCAGGAAUAGUGAGAGUCAAGCAACAUCAAUAUUAGGAUCAUUGAAUCAACAACAAACUACAGCAGCGACGACAAAUGGAAAAUCACAAUCACAAUCACCUCAGACUCAGACACAAACAUCACCUCCAACUGGACAGACACAGACUCCACCAUCUUCAGCAGCAGCGGCAGCAGCAUCUAAUCAGAAUUGGAAGUUUAAAGCACAGACACCAACAGAUUUCAAUAAUGUUGGUAGGCGGAAGAGAAGGAAUUCAGAGCCAGGCAUAUCGGUUCAAAAGUCAUCAUACAAGACGUUUGUCACGCAUUGGAAGUUGGACACAAAGAAGUCUCCAAAGGUCACACAGGCUUUACAACAACAACAGCAACAAGUUCUACAACAACAGCAACAACAGCAGCAACAACAACAACAACAGCAACAACAACCUGUUCAGAAGCAUUCGACAAAGACUCCUCCAUUGCCAACAUCAUCAACAAAUACAAAGAAUAACAACAACAACAAACUACCAACUUCACCAUCAUCUUCACCACAUCCGACAUUCCCUUCAGUGACAUCAGCAUUCACAUCAGUUAGAUCGCAAGGCAACUAUCACGACGAUGUAGAUCCCUACAUGUAUCAUCAUCUACAGCAACAACAGCAACUACAACAACAGCAGCUACUACAACAACAACAACAACAGAUGCAACAUUAUCUUCACCCACUUGCAGGACAAUGGCAACAACCACCAACAUCAACAACAACAACGACAACAGCCAACCCAUACUCCUCUCCCCUACAUAGACGUCCAUCAUUGGGCGAUGAAGCACACAAGUUCCAUCCAUAUUCCAAGUACCAGCAAGUAACAUCACCCAGCGGCAUGACCGACUCUAUCGAUCUCGAGAGCAGCAAUAUCAAUGGACACCACUAUGGCUCGCAUCAUAGCGAACCACUCCCCAACCGACUGUCGAUCAGACGUGUGUCGCUGCCAAACAUUAGCAAGAUGCCCAACUCACCCGAGCGAUCACUUUCGCCAAUACACGAGAGGGAACUGUACAAAGACUAUUCACAUAAUUAUCCACCUCCCUCGUUCAACAUGAUCAGCUCGCCGCCAUUCAAACAGUUUGAUCGCAAACUUGACGAGCGUCUUUUAUCUGGCGUUGGCGGUGGCGGCAGCGGCUUCCAACAUACACUAUCUGUCCCCCAGCAUCAACAUCAAACCCAUACGAUGUCCUCUUCGUACUCUCCUCCACACUCACCUCCUCACCACUACAUGUCACAACAUCUCGACAACACUACCACCAUCCUCAACAACAAGAAGCCUCCACUUCAAUCGUCAUCAUCAUCAUCAUCAUCACAACAACAACAUUCAAACAAGACAUCAAGAUCUUCUUCGACGUCCUCUGCGACAGGCAUGCCCUUAUUCAACAGUAACAGCAAUAGUCUCAAUCACAGCAGCGAUCAUUUACACAUUACAUCUCCAACCAAUGGUGGUGCUGGAGGUGGGGGUGGUAGUAGCGAAAGGUUACCAUCGAUCCAUUCCUUACUCAACGAUGUUAAGGAGGUAUCAUUGAAUGAUUACCCUGGCUCUGGGGCACCCCAAACAACAACAUCAACAACACAAUUACAACUAUCAUCAUCGCAGUAA